AUGGAUGUUACUGCUUCUUGGAUGGGUACUCAGGCUACAAUUAGAUACCUAUUGCCCCAGAGGAUGUUGAGAAUACCACAUUCACUUGACCGUCAGGUAUUUUUUCUUACAGGAGGAUGCCAUUUGGGUUGUGUAAUGUACCUGCCACUUUUUAGAGCCACCCACUUGGUUCUUAACUGGGAGAAAUGUAACUUCAUGGUGAAAGAGAAAAUUGUCCUGGGCCACAAAGUGACUGCACAUGGCAUUGAAGUUGAUAAAGCUAAGGUUGAUAGAAUUGCUAGGCUCCCUCCACCGACUUCUGUGAAAAGCAUAAGGAAUUUCUUGGGACAUGCUGGGUUCUAUAGGAGGUUCAUCAAAAACUUUUCCAGCAUUACCAAGCUGUUGACUGCAUUGCUAGUGAAGAAUGUCAAGGUUGUUUUCACUGUGGAGUCCUUAAGAGCAUUCGAAUUGAUAAAGAAAAAGCUUGUGAGUGCUCCUAUUAUGGUGACACCUGAUUGGAGCCAGCCAUUUAGGAUAGUGUGUGAUUCCAGUGAUGUAGUUGUUGGGCAAGUUCUGGGGCAAAGAAAAAAUAAGAUGUUUAGGCCCAUCUACUGUGCAAGCAGGACGUGA